GCAUUAUGUGUUCUUCAAAUGAGUUUUGGUUUUUCAGGUUAUGCCCCUAUGGUGCGAGAAUAAGGAAGACGCAUUUGAGGCCUUGGUAGCGAGGUGGGUUGGCGAAGACGCCGACUUCAACGCCAAGAGCGCGCGCAACAAGGCAAACCGUGGCACCGGAGGAACACACAGUGCAGGAAGCCGCAACACUGAGCGCUACAGGAAGCACAAGGAGGCGGAACUCGGGGAGCCUCUCACCGAGGUGGGAGGGUGGCAGAAGAUGAAGCCGAAGCAGCUCGAUCCGAGCCAGCCUCAGCCCUCGCUGCCCGAGUACUUCGGCUAUGCCGAAGAGGAGUUGGACAAGUACUGCUCUGCGUUCAAGGGUCUUCAUCCGGAGGUGGAUGAUCCUAUUGAGCAGGAGACCGACUUGACGGCGAUUAUGGUGGCGGGGCGCGGCGCGGAGCAUGGCCGUACGAAGCUUCUUAGUGGGGUGAUCAAGCCGCAGAGGACCCUCACGCAGAUCAGGUCUACCCUCACCGCCGGCGACCCACCGGUCGCGCCUCCUCGACACCGUCGUACCGAUGCUAACUUUGAGGCCGCCUACGCUGCCACUUAUGAGAAGUAUUUGACGGUUGUAGCAGAGUGGGACCUCAAGAGAGCGGCUUGGGAAGAGUAUCAGGAUGCGACGAGUCGUGCGCUCAGGACGUUCUUCCAGACUGGAGAGAGGAUCGCACUUCCGGAAGAGGAGCCACCUAGGCCGGGGCCGACUCCAGUGUGCCCAUCGAGGGAAGCUUUCGCGGCCACAUACUACGCACGGACUCCGGGCACGGGAAGUUCGCGGAACCGACCCUCUCCUGAUUCGUCGCGCGAGGGCACACCGAUGCACCCCGGCCGCCAUUCUCCCGGUGCUUCAGGGUUUUCACCUGCUGACGAUGGUUCAGGCCAUGGUUCUACCUCGGUCCACCUCGACAAAGGCCGGACGCAUGAUUGGACGAGUACGGACCUUGGUUGGUUCCCCUGA